AUGUUAAUUAGGAGGUGUGUUUAUGAGAAUACUUCAAAGGAGGAUAUUCCAAAGCUGUUUCCGGAUGAAGUUCUGCCUGAAUUGCAAAAACUGUUGACACUUCUGUUGCAGAAGUUUCAGCUCGAGUGGCAAGAAGAUGUGAUGAAAGAUCAAAAUAUUGUGCCUAGAUUAAAGGCGAUGACAUGGAAUAUGACAAAUCUGGAGAAAGGAUCAGCAGACCCUGCAGCGGUUAUUGAUUUGAAGCUUCAAAAUGUUGGUCCAUUUCAGUCGGGAGUUCAAGAUGUAAAGUUCCAGUUGGCUACAGAUUCUAUAGGUAUGAUGCUGAAAACCAUGCACUGUAUUAGAGACCAGUUUUCUACCAUGGAUGAGGCACUAAAUGGGCAUUAGCACCAGUAAACUGAAGGAGUUUCUUAGAACUUGUUUUUACAAGGAAUGGUAUGUUUGACUAAUUUGUUGCAUUUUGCUUUUAGAUUUACUCAGUAUGCUUGUUAUUGAAAAAAAUUGGCCAAAUUUAAAGUGCUGAAGUACUUGUGUUUGAGAACUUAACUUG